AUGCCGCCAUUUAAAAAGCCCAGUCAAAGUCGUCCAGACCACCUGCCUAAAUCAAGUGAUCAUCCGCACCUCUUCCACGCCCCCGCUAACGCCACCUACUUGGCUCCGUCCGAUGGGGAACGCAGCAAUGAUCAGGUUGCCUCAAGAGCGUUGAUCAUUACCAUCUCGGUAACCUUCGGUCUCAUUUUCAUCUUCUGGUGUUGUAAACGCUGUCUCCCAAAACGCAAGAAAAGACGCAAUGGAAAAAAGUCUACCGCGGUUGAGGCCGAUGACAGCAAAGCAAUUCGUUUUGCCUCCGCGCUUACAAAGCAACUGGAGGAUACGGAAGGGCUGACGGAAAAUAUGGAACAAAAUGAGGCCGGCGACGACAAACAUGACAAGAAAAAGACUGAUCUUGGUUCACUGCAAUACUCGAUAGAAUUUGACUUCCAAAAAAAUGAGUUAUCUGUGGGUAUUAUCCAAGCCACUGGCCUUCCCGCAAUGGACAUGUGCGGUACUUCCGACCCCUACGUGAAGCUUUUUCUUCUACCGAAUAAGAAGAAGAAGUAUGAGACAAAGGUGCACCGAAAAACACUAAGUCCGGUGUUCAACGAAACUUUUGUUUUCAAGCUGGAAUAUGCAGAAAUUUCUGCCACGACCCUCGUCCUGCUAAUCUUCGAUUUCGACCGGUUCUCCAAACAUGAUCAAAUCGGGCAGAUCAAGAUCCCUCUUGGUUCCAUCGACCUCUGCCAGACCUUGGAAGAGUGGCGUCAGAUUGACCCCGUAGAGUCUGAUACUGAUCGCACGGAUCCUAUGAUGACGAAUGACUUCAGUGCACCGGCACGCAAGAGGUUAUUUGAAAAUUGUUGCGUAUUUACAAUUUUUCAGACCGCUGGUGUACAGGAACAAAACUGCUUGCUCCUUCCGUCCACUACCAGUGUUCAGUAA